UGUCACACUAUUGCUUGUAUUUGUGAGGAAAUCAAAAUUGAAAAAUUAAAAAGGAUGUUAAAGAAAAGCAAUUAAAAAAAAUUAGUAGAAAAGUGUCUAUUUGACAAUGACCAAUUUAUAUUUUUUAAAAAACAUUGUAAAUGGAGAAACGAUUGAGUUGAUAAAAAGUCCUUUUACAAUUGGAAGGAAUCUAUCAUCAGAUUAUGUGAUUGCCAAUAGAGUUAUAUCCAAGAGCCAAUGCGUGCUUAAGAAAACUAAUGAAGGAUGGGUUCUUUCUGACACUAGUACCAAUGGAACAAUGGUAAAUAAAGAAAUUUUAAAACAGAGUUCAGUUGUCCUAAAGAACUCGGAUGAAAUUUGCUUUGGGUUCCAUACAUUCACUUACAAGUUUGUGAUAUCUCCAAACCAGCCUAAAUGCCAUCAAAUAGAAAAGCUGAUAAAUCAAGAAAAAAAUGCCAAAUAUUCACCUCCAAAUUCCCCAAACAGUUUUGAUGAGCUUGGCGUAAGCGAUGAAGUUUUAAAUGCGUUAACAGAUGAACUAUUAGAAAAUAUAGAAACACAAGACAAUAUUUCUCCUAAGGAAAAAACCAAUGACUGCAACACACCUUCAGAUAUGAAACAACCUUUAAGCACUUGUAGUGUUCCCACUAGUGAAAUUUUAACAUCACUGAAGAAUUCAUCAGAAUCUCACCUCCCAAUUAGUAAGGACCCGACUAGUUCAGAAUCACUAAAUUUGAAUAAAAUAUUAGACCCUGUAGGGCUCUUAAUGAAAUCGACAUCUACAAGUAAUACAAACAUUGAAACUCUUGAAAUAACAAAGGAUAAACCCCCUGACACUAUAGAUCGCACUAUUUCUCAAAGUAGCGACGAGACCGUAACAUAUUCGCCAUCAGAAAUUCCAUCUGUCCAAAAAUUUGAGGAUGACAGCAAAAAAAUUGCUGAUGUAUCCAGCCAAGAAACAAAAUUAUUAAGAAAUGAAAUUAGUAUGGCUCUUAACUUAAUUGCAGAUAAGACUCCAGAUCUUGUAGAUCCAGUUUCGGCUGUAGCAAGUAAUUCAAAUACUACUGUAAAUGAUUUUAAGGCAGAUUGUCUGCAAAAUUUAGUUGAUAUUGCAAAUAAAUAUUCUGCAGAAAUAAAUUCUUUCGUGUCUAAGAGCUCAGAAGUGUCGGCGACAAGUUUAUUAAUGCAAAUAGCCAAUAAUGUUUGUGCUACAAGCCUACCCAAUUCUGACACUGGCUCUUCAAAAGUAACUAGUUCAAACACCUCUAAUCCCGGCACAUCAUUAAUUAAUAAACAACUUAAACCUAUUGUGUCUACAAAAGAAAUAAUCAGUCCAGUAAAUCCUAAUAAGAAAUUAAAAAUUUCAUAUGAUAGUGGAAGCUCUAAAAACACGGCACAACAGAUUCAGUCCACUGAUUUAGGUAGUACUUCAGAACUUGUUUCAUGUUGUUCUCGAAACAUACAACAUAACAGUAAAUUGACUGAAGGCACUUCUUUACCGCAAAAUGACAUAAUAGAUCUUACAUGUACUCAAGACACAGUUACAAAUAAGGCAAGCAAUAAAUUAUCAUCUAAAAAUCCAUAUUCUAAAGGAGUAUUAAAACCUCAUAUGGGUGACAAUCCAAAAAUCUUUGGAAGCAGUGCCUUGCCAGUGGCUAACAAUGAAAUCGUUAGUACCAGUAACCCGUCUAUAACAGUUACGCCUGACUGUUGCUCUUUGCCCCGAUCAGCCCAAAAAGCGACUUCUGCUAAGCGUAAUAUAUUACAAGAACCAGGGCAGAAUAGUGUGGCAAACUUACCUAGUGAUAAAAAGGAAAAAUCAAACAAGAAUUCCUAUGAAGAAAUGGAAAAUGAACUCCUUUGCAGCAUCUGUGCAAAUUUAUUCAUAAAAACGAUGACGCUCAACUGCUCCCACUCUUUUUGCCAGUACUGCAUAGAGCAAUGGAAAAAGAAGAAAUCUGAUUGUCCAGUUUGUCGAACCAAAAUUUCUUCGUCCAUUCGAACUCUUGUUUUAGAUAAUAUAAUCGAAAAGAUGAUAGAGAGUGCUUCCGCGGAUGAACGGACCCAACGAAAAGAGGCAGUGCAAGAACGUGAAAAUAUAGAAAAAGCUGAAAAAGAGGCGCAGGAACGAGCGCAGAGACCGCAAAGCGCCAGACGGGGCCGAAGAGGUGGCCAAAAUAGGAACACGAACAAUUCAAGAAACAAUAAUAAUCGUCAGCAACCACCAGCGCCAGUAGUCGAAGUGAGUGAUGAGUCAAGUUCAUCAGCAAGUUCAUCUAGUACGGAGUUGUCUGAUAGUUCGGACAGCGACCUCACACAAAGUGAAUAUGAUUACGACGAAUAUGAGGACGAUGAUUGGUAUAGUAACGAAGAUGACUAUAAUGGAUUACCGGGCGCUUAUUACGGAGGUUAUGGUCGGUGCUAUCGUUGUGGUGAUCCAGGGCACUGGGCUAACGGUUGUCCCAAUUAGUAUUUAAGUAGUAAUUUUGUAAUGUUAUAUAUAAAUUAUUAAUAAAUGUUAUUACUUUA